AUGGAUAACGUUUCAACUCAGAAAAUAUUUCUUAAAACUUGGCGCUUAUUUCCGACUCAGGAGAAGAAUAAAACAAGUUGUGUGCAUAAAAUAUCAUAUUACGUGCUUCCCAGAGAACAACAGUCUGAAGAAAUUUUCGUAACAAACUUUUUACUUUACUUUUUAAUUAACAUGCGUUCAUGUGGUGAAAGAGCUUAUUUAAAGCAUUCCAUAGCAGUCAGUAUAAAAAAAAUUACGGUGCUUCAAAUAAAAGAACAUCAUUAG